CGGGGCAUGGCGCGGCGCUGAGAUGAAAGUGACCGUGUGCUUCGGGCGGACCGGGAUCGUGGUGCCCUGUAAGGACGGGCAGCUCCGCGUGCGGGACCUGACCCAACAGGCCCUGCAGCGCUACCGCAAGGCCCAGGAGAAGGAUCCAACUUACUGGGUGAAUAUUCACCACCUGGAGUAUACAGAUGGAGGAAUCCUGGACCCUGACGAUGUGCUGGCAGAUGUUGUGGAAGACAAAGAUAAGCUGAUUGCUGUUUAUGAUGAGCAAGAACCUCACCGUAAGUCUGAUGGCACCAAUGGGAAUGUGACAGACAGAAAUAGCCCAGACCUGUUUGAGACAGAGGUAGCAGCUCAGCUGGAUGCCUUUCAACCAGUUGGAGGCGAGAUUGAAGUGACUCCUUCUGCCCUGAAACUUGGCAUGCCGCUUCUGGUACGAAGGAGCAGUGAUCCAGCUUUGGGCCCACCUGCUGACUUCCACCCAAGUGCCUCUUAUCCUGGUGACCUCAGUCACAAACAUGCUGUGGCAGGUGCUCCCCAGGUAUCCUUUGAGGAUGGGGAAAUGAACCUUGCAGGACCUGCAGAACUGUUGUCAUCGCAGAGGGCCCGUCUUCCUGUAAGUGAAAUGACCAAAACAGUGGAGAUUUCUGGGGAAGGUGGACCCUUGGGAAUACACGUAGUGCCCUUUUUUUCAUCUUUGAGUGGAAGGAUGCUGGGACUUUUUAUCCGUGGUAUUGAAGAAAAUAGUAGAUCUAGGCGUGAUGGGCUUUUCCAUGAAAAUGAGUGCAUUGUGAAGAUCAACAAUGUGGACCUCACAGAUAAAACGUUUGCACAGGCUCAGGACAUCUUCCGCCAGGCAAUGAAAUUUCAGAGUGUCAUUUUGGAAGUCCUUCCUCCUUAUAAUCGAGAACAAUACGAGAAGUCUGCUAUUGCUCCCCUUUGUUUUCUGCACAAUGAUGAAGAAGUUCCAAAAACAAAGAUUCCGCCUCCUGUUCAUCCGAAGCCUACUCUGAAAACAAUUCAUCUUUCUGGAGCAGGCAGCCUGGAUGCUGGUGUACAGGCAACACUACAAGCUAAGAGCCCCAACCUCCCACGUCUGGGUAGAAAACCAUCUUCACCCUCAUUGUCUCCCCUUAUGGGCUUUGGCAAUAAAAAAAAUGCAAAGAAAAUAAAGAUAGACCUGAAAAAAGGUCCUGAAGGACUUGGUUUCACUGUGGUUACCAGGGAUUCCUCAGUACACGGUCCUGGUCCUAUUUUUGUGAAGAAUAUUUUACCAAAAGGUGCAGCAGUAAAAGAUGGCCGUUUGCAGUCAGGUGACAGGAUCCUGGAGGUGAAUGGAUGGGACAUAACUGGCAGGACCCAGGAGGAGCUUGUAGCUAUGCUGAGGAGCACAAAGCAAGGGGAAACUGUCUGUCUGAUCGUGGCUCGUCAGGAGGAGGCCUUUCUACCUCGAGAGCUGAAAGGAGAGCCAAACUGCAGUGCUCUUUCUCCAGAAACCACAGAGCAGCUGACCUUUGAGAUUCCUCUGAACGAUUCUGGCUCUGCUGGACUUGGUGUGAGCUUAAAAGGCAACAAAUCUCGGGAGACUGGAGCUGACCUUGGGAUUUUCAUCAAAUCCGUUAUUCACGGUGGUGCUGCUUUUAAGGAUGGCCGUUUGCGAGUAAAUGAUCAACUUGUUGCGGUAAACGGGGAGUCACUUCUAGGCAAAUCAAAUCAUGAGGCUAUGGAGACACUGAGGCGUUCCAUGUCCAUGGAGGGGAACAUUCGUGGCAGGAUCCAGCUAGUAAUUCUACGGAGACUGGAGGCACAAACAGAGGAUCGCUUGGACCAGGGUGUCUAUCAGAAAUCAGCGUGUGAUGGCAGUCAUAACUUUGCAGCUAUUUCCCGACGCAAUGGUGCUGUUCUUCAGCAAUUUGUAAACUGCGGCCCUCAGGAAAGAAUUCAAGAGUUGCCAGUGUCUGACUGUGGCAAUUGUGAAAAUGAAACUCCUCCACCUCUGCCACCACACCCUAGUGAGGAUCUGCUGAAUGAGGAUCAUAACCAUAGCCCUACCAUAAAUUCAGCAGUGUAUUUAGCAGAUCAGCACAUCAACUUCACAUCUUUGACACCAGCCAAGCAGUCUGAAUCAAUUAAUCUGAAAGCCUCAAAAAGCAUGGAUCUGGUGGCAGAUGAAAGCAAAGUUGGUUCCUUGGCCGGGCGCAGAUCAGAUACUUCUGGCAAGGAUUUUGGUCCUACCCUGGGAUUGAAGAAGUCCAGUUCUCUUGAGAGUCUUCAGACUGCUGUAGCUGAAGUUAGGAAGAAUGAACUCCCUUUUCACAGACCCAGGCCCCAUGUCGUCCGUGGUCGGGGGUGUAAUGAGAGUUUCCGAGCUGCCAUUGACAAGUCUUAUGAUGGACCUGAGGAUGUAGAAGAGGAUGGUUUCUCUGAUAAGAGCUCUCACUCAGGUCAAGAAGCUCAGAACAUGGAAUCUGUCCCUCCAGGGAACCCUGAAACAGAAGAUGUUGAAACCAAAGUGAAAAAAGACAAAAAAAAUAGAGAGAAAGAGAAGAAAAAAGAAAAGGGCAAAACUAAAAUCAAAGAGAAGAAAAGGAAAGAAGAAAAUGAAGAUCCAGAAAAGAAAAAGAAGAAAGGCUUUGGUGUCAUGUUGAGAUUUGGAAAGAAAAAAGAAGAUAAAAGUGGGAAAGCAGAUCAGAAGGGGAAUCCAAAGCAUGACAUACUUAAAGAAGAGGAUCUAGAGAAAAUGAAAGAUGAACGUGAAAGGAUUGGAGCAAAGCAUCAGGAGUUACGUCAAAAGCAACUGAGGGGCCUGCUUGAUUAUUCUACUGGUCCUGGAGGACCCGACAUAGAUGAUGAUGAGGUAGAUCCAAAUUAUGCCAGAGUGAACCACUUCCGAGAGGCUUAUCCAGCAGCAAGCAUUUACAGACCAUCAUCUCCAGCAGUCGCGGAAACCUUCGUUUAUCCGCGUGAUUCUUCUUCAACACCAGUGGAGAGGGAACACUUGGAAGGAUUGUAUGCAAAAAUAAACAAGCAGCACUACCCGCAGGUUCCUGGUGACAGUGGCUGUGCAGGUGGUGGGAAUGCUGACCGAAUCCAGAAGCUACGGAAGGAGUACCAUCAGGCCAGGCGGGAGGGCUUGCCUUUCUAUGAGGACGAUGAAGGACGAACACAGCUGUCUGAUUGCGACCACCGUUGGGUUCCUGGAAAAGGUCCAGAUGGGAGCUCAUACAAUCUCCACUUCGAAGGGAUGGAAAGGCAGUAUGCAUCUUUACCCAGACGUGGACCUGCAGAGCCACUGGAAUAUUUAACAGGGCCGCGAGUGAUCUACAAAGAGAGAGAUCUUCCCUACUACCAAGGAGGAGGACAGCCUGUUGUCCACCCAUCUAAGGGGAACUACAUCCAUGCACCAGACGCAAGAGUGGCAGAAUUGAGAUACCCCCCGUACUACCCAGCCCAGUCCGUCCCAAACCAGCAUAAAGGACCCUUCCGGCAGGACGUGCCACCUUCUCCUCCUCAGCCCCACCGUGCACCAGCUUAUAAUGAGAUUAUCCGACACCGUGGGACCAGUCCAGACCAGUACCAGUACAGGCAACAGGAUCCCAGGCAGAAGAACCCCAUGACUGCAGCUGUAUAGACACACACUGGACUUGCCAGCACAGCCCUGGAAGAAUCCUGUUGGACAUCGACCCUUUAGAGUUGUUCCCAAGCAUGGCUGCCUCUGCCUGUAAGAUUGGCACAAGACCUGGAGUCGUUUGUACUGAGCUGGGCUCAGCAUAGGUGCUUUCUGACAGGUGAACUAGAGCCAUGAGUGGUACGAUGUAUUUUGAGUAUGUGAGGUACCAGACAGUUGAGUAUUUUUUAAUUCCUUUUUAAAAGUAGAAAGUGGCUGCUGGAAAUGAAGCGCAACACUUAUUACACCUCAGGGCUAUUUACCGAAUCUGGUUACACCAAUACAGUACAUAGCUGUCUGUCCAGCAGCAGCAGUAUCACCAGUUUACUACAGAGCUCUGCUGCAGAGCCUCUCAGUGAGAACACAGCGAGCAGUGUGGACUUCUCACGGGGAUCUUGUGGGAUCAGCUGACAGGGGCCUCACAGAGUCAGCAGCCAUGUUCCAGUCACAUUCAGACCAGCAGCACUGUGUGCUAAGGAUGCUGCAGUUCCAGAUUUGUAACCUCACAUUUGUCUUCCUCUUUUUGUUUGAUAGUGGCAGCAUUAAUCUUCUAUCCUUACCUUUUUUUACAAUCUGCCUAGCAAGGUUCUCAUCUUAUUGCACCUGCUGCAUUUGGAGUAAGGCAAAAAACUUUAUCCACCACAUGUGGGCAGGCUCAGAGGAUAAGACAGCCAUCCAAGAGGUGUAUGCCUAGCAGUGCGUGCGUGUUUGUGAAUAUUUCGUAGUCACAUGGUGUGCACUUUUUAAAGGUAAACUCCAGAAAUCAGAUCCUCAGCUGCUGUCAGUGCUGCUCCUGAGAUUUCAAAGGAACUAGCCUGCGAGUCAUGGCUGUGGAGGUGACUGUGGGCAUGGAGUCCAUGACUCAGUAUCUAUUAAGCUACUGUGCCAGGUGCUGCUUUGGAUUGGACAGGGCGGCCUAACUCCUGACCUGCUCUGGCCAGGCUGACAGUCAAGUGCUUGCUGGCAGCAUGUGAGUCAGUGGUGGUGCCAGGCCAGUGCCAAGUGCCAAAUAACCCAGGUUCCUGCAGCGGGAGCCAGUGAGAGAGGAGAUUUUCACAGUGAGAGGUGAGGAAAGAGACAAUGAAAGCAAUAGGGAGAUCUUCUAUACCCUGGGCCCAUGGAGGAAGAAGAGCAAAGAGCUGUAAGAGUUAUUUGCAAAAGUGCAUAGGACAAGAGCGGGCUGGCAGAGCUGGGGGUCGGGGGCGCCUGCCAGCUCUCUGCCCCAUGCAGCCUAAGCUUGCAGUGCAGCCAGGAGGCUAGAAAUCCACAGCCGUGUCCACGCAGACACGUGCCAUCUAGCCCAAUAGGACUGUGGGCCCUCAGAGCUUUGUCUCAAGGCUUUUGUUGAAGGGUAGUCUUACAUCUAGAAAUAUAGAGCUUCCAAGUGCCCUUAAUUUCUUAGUAUCUGCUUUUGGGGGCAUUAUUAAAUAGUUUGGGCUCCUUUCCUCAUCAUGAAGAGAUCUUGGCCUGACCAAGGAUUAAGCUCAAGGAUUUCUUUGAUGUCUUUUUGAUACCUUGAUAUGCAACACAUUAAAUCAUACAGGUCACUUCUAGGCAUUAAAUAUCACAGGAAGGAUCGCAUCCCUUUCCUAGAAACCCCUGGAAAAGGCCUCGUCAGAGCAAGAGGUCCACAAGGCACAGGGCAGGGCAGUCAGUGCUCUUUCUGGGGCCACAGCUGUAGCCCCUGGUAAGGAUGAGCACACAUCCCAGUCAGCCCAGUGCUGCCUGUGUACUGCCAGUGAGAGGUUGGUGGAACUGGAGCACUGAGAGUAUCUGUGCCUGCCCUGCUGGCCUGCAGGCUCCAGUGGCUGCAUUCACACCAAUCUCUAGCACUGGCCAGGCUAGAAGCAGCAGGAAGAAGCAGCUUUGGGGUGGUGGAGAGGGGGCAUGUCUCCAUGAUUCAGCUGCGGGGCUGGGCUCCCUGGGGCAGGGGCAGAAGAGCUCCAGAUCCAGUCAGGAGGAAGCAUUGGUGGGAGGGAGAGCAGUGCAACUGAUCAUGAAGUAAGUAUGUUCAGUUCGUGCUCCAUUUCUCCCUGCCCUCUUCCCUAGAAAUGUAGGAGGAAAAACCUCUGGAGGGAGGGGUUGGAUGUAAGGCCGUGUCUCUUGGCACUCUCCAUAAACAAGGCACAUUCCCCAGGGAAACUCUGCCUGUCGCAUACGUGCUGUACGCAGCCUUCUCUGAAGAGUUUGAGAUGCUGCAGGAUACUCAGCCAAGACUUGGCAGCCGCAGGGUAGAUGCUGGUGUUAUGAAGGCCCGCGGAAAGUGAAGCGAAAACAAAUUAAAAUACUUUCCUUUCCCUGCUUGAAAUACAACCGCUGAUACAUUUGAUCCAGCUGUAAAGAAACUUAUAUAUUUGCGACAGUGGCUUUAUCAAGCCAGGCCACAAUUAAGAACAGCUCUGAAUAUAAGCUACUGCCUUUAUAAAUCACUCUCAACUAACCCUUCACAUGGCAUUGCAGCGCAGUGAGCAGAACUUAUUUACAGUAUUUCAGGAGCCAGGGCCAAAUAAAAUCUGGAUUGAA